CCAGGCCCCUGGGGCCGCACUCCUGCAUUGCUGCAAUACCACUCCCCAGCUCCUCCCCUGCCCCCACCUGCCUUAGCUACACUCUGUGAUCCUAUCUACAGCUGGACAGUACCUGUCCGUUUUCUGUCCUUCCCGUUAUUUUUGUCCAUGUCUGGACUCAGCCGGCUGUUCCUGCCAGCCCCUUGCUGGUUCCUGACCCUGAGUGAUGCAGCCAGAGGCACCUGAGGGUUAGCCCAAGGGCCCACACCCUGGUUGGCUUGUGAAGGAGCUUAGGAUCCUGGUUUUCUGAGUUUUGAUGAAGUUGGAGGAAUACAACUCAGCCCACCGCCCCCAUUCCUUUCUGCUUCUGGUUUGGAGCUCUGGAUCAGGGCCUUAUUCCUGAUCGGUUUUUAAAUAAUUAUUUAAAAGUGUAACUUUUAGACCUGCGUGACAUCUACAAAGCGUCCAAUAAAGAAAGAACAAGCCGUGGUCCCUGCUUUCUUUCUCGGGUCUCUGGGCCCUUUGCUCCCCUCCUCACUGCACUGCCAAUGUCCAUUUCCCUUCAGCAAGAGCUGGGGUGGGUGUCGGGAUGGAUGUGGUCUGAAGACUAGUCUAUAGAAUCCUGAAGAACUCAGUCCCUUUUGCUGAUUUGAAAUUGUGCCUUUUCUUACACUAGUGGUUCACAAACUUGAAGGCUCACAAACCUUAACGAGUCAGAAUCACUUGGAGGACAUGUCAGGUCACAGGUCACGGUCUUUCCUGAGUUUCCAGCUCAGUAGACCAAGAAGUAACAUUUCUAACAGGUUCCCAGGUGCUGCUGGUGCUCCUGGCCUCGGGACCACGUUGAGAAGUAGCCUCCUGGAACAUGUUUCUCAGAGUUGUCUGAGGCUCCUGCCACGUGGGACCUGUAUCACACACUUAGGACACUUGUUAAAAAUGCAGCUGCCCAGGCUCCAGAUCUGUUGAUUCUAUCUGGUGGGAUGGGAGAGGUGCAAAAAUGGUCAAGAGUCUGCAUUUUCACACCCAAAUUUGUGAACCACUGUUGCUGGUCAUACAGGGAGCUUUAUUAUUUUACCUGUAUUUUUGCCUGAAUUUUCAUUAGCACUAUCUAGAUGACAGUCAACCCAAGGAUUGGCAUAGCCUGUCUGAACUUGGAAUAGCAUUCACCUUUGUGCCACCAUGGAUUCCUCACUCCACCUCUGAAGCCGCAGCAGCCAUGUCUGUGGGAGAACACAGCCAUGAUUUUUCAGUGCUCGUUAUAGUGCAUCUCCAACUAGAAAAAGUCUGGGAUGUCGUCUAAACCCCCACAGAGCUCAGGAUAUAAUGAGAGAGGCAACAAGACUAGAGAGCAAGAUGGCAUAAAUCAGAUGCUAAUUUGUGAUUUAGGUAGAAGGAUACAAAAGGGAGGGAAGUUUUCCAGAAAGGUGGGACUUGGUGCUCUAACUUGAAAGACGAGAAGGAUCUCAGAUGGCCAUGAAGCCCUGGGCAGAGGUACAGUAAGUGAGCAUCAGGUGAGAAGCUGUAGCUCAAGGUGCCGAGGCCAGAGGAAGGGCUAGGACUCCUACUCCACCCAGGGCCUGGCUUUGCUGCUUUGUGCCCUAAGUGGGGUCCAAAGCAAAGUGGCCUGUCAUUGGUCUAGAGUAUCCAGACUGGAUUCCGGGGGGUAUCAAGAGUGAGCUGCGGGGAUGGAUGAUAAGCUGUGGAGCUGGGAGCUUUUGCUGCUUCAGCCAAGGAGGGCUGCUUUAUAUUACAGCCCUGAAAGUCGCUGGGUCCCUGUGCAUUGUACCUGAGGUGUGAAGGGAUGCUGGCUUCAGAGCUGGAGGAAAGUUGGCUUGACUAUGCAAAAGAAAAGCCAAUCUCAAAACUUAUGAAUGCUUAAAAAGCUCAACAAAUAGGUAUUUCUGCAAAUGCCUAAAAUUAGCAGUGCCUUAUUGUGGGUUAAGCAUUGGCCUCCUGACGGUGCCCUCGUUGGUCCUGGAUCUGUCUCUGGCUUCAAAGUUUGGAUAGAACAGAUCCAGGGACGCCCCUUCUUCCAGCCUCAAUUACCCGAUGUCUUUUCCAGUCACCACCUCUGGAACCACCUCAGCCAUCAUCAGCCUUCGAAACCAGCCAACACCGUUUUUUGUUGUUGUUGUUUUUGGUGUGGUUUUUAAAAAAAUUAUUAUUAUUACCUUAACUUCUUAUUGCCAAACAACCAUGAGCUCCCUAAGUCAUGAGUGUUCUUCCACUGAGGUGGAGGCUGCCGUCAACCGCCUGGUCAACCUGCAUCUGCGGGCCUCCUACACCUACCUCUCUCUGAGCUUCUAUUUGGACCGCCACAAUGUGCUCUGGAGGGCAUGGGCCACUUCUCACACAAGCUGGCAGAGAAGAAGCACAAGGGAGCUGAGCAUCUCUUAAAGAUGCAAAACUAGCGCAGUGGCAGAUUCCCUUCUAGGACAUGCUGAAGACUUCCCAAGGUGAGUGGGGCAAAACUCAGGACACCAUGGAGGCCGCCAUGGCCUUGAAGAGGAACCUGAACCAGGCCUUGUGGGUCUGCAGGCUCUGGGUUCUACCUGCGCAGACCCUCAUCUCUGACUUCCUGGAAAACCACUUCCUGGAUGAGGAAAUGAAAUCAUAAAGAAGAUGGGCGACCACCUGACUGACCUCCACAGGCUGGCCAGCCCCGAGCUGGCUAUGAGCAUCAUGAACUCACUUGUGAAUGACAUGUUUGAGCGGCUGGCCUGCGAGGCCACCCGACUGGCUCAGUACUCAGGCCGAACCACACUGACGUCCCGGGAAGUUCAGACAGCAGUGUGCCUGCUGCUGCCUGGAGAGCUGGCCAAGCACGCUGUGUCCGAGGGCACCAAGGCUGUCACCAAGUAUACCAGCUCCAAGUGACCCGGGGCCUAAGCUAAAUAAAGGGUGAACUGCUCUCAUGCACUGUGGUGAUUUCAAAAAUGGACAUGUGAAGGUGAGGUGUGAUUUGAGA